CCGUGGGAUGGACCACUUAUACCGUCCAAACAUGGCAACCCACGAAGCAGAUUUAGGAGCCGGUGCGGGCUUUUGUGGGAAAAUGUGGAUGGUGUGUGCUGCACUGCUGGCUCUGGGCUCUGUCCAGUCUGUCAAUGGGGACUCAAAAGCCGUUACAACAACACUGACCACUAAAUGGCCCUCUACACCACUCCUGCUGGAGGCCAGUGAGUUCCUUGCUGAAGAGAGUCAGGACAAGUUCUGGGACUUUGUGGAAGCCAAUCAAAAUAUUGAAAGUGACCAUGAUGACACUGAUUUGGCAUACUACGAUCUGAUCCUGAAGAGAGCCAGUGUGCUGCUGAGCUCAGUCCAGCUAAACCUGCUGAAGUUCGCUUUAUCUCUGAGGGCCUACUCGUCCACCGUCCAUUCCUUCCAGCAGAUCGCCUCUAAUGAGCCUCCUCCAACCGGCUGUAAAGCGUUCUUCAACGUACAUGGACAGACGUCGUGUGAUACAGAAAGACUUAAAAUGAUGCUGGAUAAUGCCGUAGAACGGCCCAAGCCUUACCUGUUCAAAGGCGAUCACAAAUUCCCCUCAGCCAAUCCCGAUGCGCCGAUUGUGAUUCUUUAUGCUGAGCUGGGCACCAAAGAAUUCACCAGAUUCCAUCAGCUGAUGCUUGCCAAAGCCAACAAAGGCCUGAUCACUUACGUUUUACGCCACUUUCUUUCUAACCCCAGCAAGGGUAAAGUGCACCUGUCUGGAUAUGGCGUGGAACUGGCCAUUAAAAACCAAGAGUAUAAAGCCAAAGAUGACACACAAGUUCAAGCUGGAGCUGAUGCGAAUGCCACUGUAAUAGGUGAAAAUGAUCCCGUGGAUGAAGUCCAGGGCUUUCUGUUUGGCAAACUCAAGACCGUUUAUCCUGAACUUAAGGAACAGCUGAAGGAGCUCCGGAAGCAUUUGAUUGAGAGCACCAAUGAGAUGGCCCCGCUUAAAGUCUGGCAGAUGCAAGAUCUCAGCUUUCAGACUGCCGCCCCGUAUCCUGGCAGCUCCUCUGUGGACGCUCUCAAUGUCAUGAGGGAUUUGAGCCAGAACUUCCCCACAAAGCUCAGGUCCAUAACAAAAACCGUUGUUAAUUCAGAGAUCCGGAAGGAGAUUGAGGAAAAUCAAAAGUAUUUUAAAGGAACAUUAGGUCUUCAGCCAGGGGACUCGGCUCUGUUUAUCAAUGGACUCCAUAUUGACCUGGACGUACAGGAUAUUUUCAGUGUUUUUGACGUGUUGAGGAAUGAGGCCAGGGUCAUGGAGGGCCUGCGUAGUCUUCUCAUAGACACUCCUUACAUCCACAACAUCCUCAAACUCAACGUCCAGCCCUCAGACUCUGACUACGGAGUAGACAUCCGCAACCCUGCCGUUAACUGGAUUAAUAACCUGGAGACAGAUGGGCGAUAUGCAUCCUGGCCCUCUAAUGUGCAGGAGCUGCUGCGGCCCACCUUUCCAGGGGUCAUUCGACAGAUCCGGAAAAACUUUCAUAAUCUGGUGAUGAUUCUGGAUCCGAGCCAUGAGAACACGGCAGAGCUGAUCAGCGUGGCUGAGAUGUUUUACAGCAACAACAUCCCACUCAGAAUUGGAGUGGUGUUUGUGGUGAAUGAUUCUGAUGAGGUUGAUGGGAUGCAGGAUGCUGGUGUGGCUUUACUUCGGGCUUUCAACUACAUCUCUGAUGAUGUUGACAGCCAGAUGGCCUUCGAUGCCAUCAUAUCUAUAUUAAACAGAAUUCCCAGUGGAGGCAAACUGAAGGUGGAACAUGUGGUGGGUGUGUUGGAGAAGAGAUAUCCUUAUGUAGAGAUCAGCAGCAUCCUGGGGCCUGACUCUGCCUACGACAACAACAGAAAAGAGGGAAAGGCAUAUUAUGAGCAGACUGGUGUUGGCCCAUUGCCUGUGGUGUUGUAUAAUGGCAUGCCUUUACAACGUGAGCAGUUAGACCCAGAUGAACUUGAGACAGUUGUCAUGCACAAGAUCCUAGAGACCACCAGUUUUUUUCAGCGCACAGUCUAUCUGGGUGAACUGAACAGUGACCACGAUGUAGUGGAUUUUAUCAUGAAUCAACCCAAUGUGGUCCCACGAAUCAAUUCCAGAAUCCUGAGCACCAACAGGAAUUAUCUGGACCUUUCUGCCACCAACAAUCAUUUUAUUGACGAAUAUGCACGUUUCCUCUUUCUGGACACCAAAGACAAGAACGCAGCGGUGGCUAACAGCAUGAAUUACAUGACAAAGAAAGGGAUGUCAACCAGGGAUGCUUCUGAUGAUGGCAUCAUCCGUCCAGUGACUUUCUGGGUAGUGGGAGACUUUGACCAGCCCUCAGGACGACAGCUGCUGUACGAUGCUAUACGUCACAUGAAAACCAGUAAUAAUGUACGAUUAGGAGUGAUCAAUAAUCCCAGUGAGAACCCGUCUAAUGAGAACAGCCUAAUUGCUCGAGCCAUAUGGGCAGCCAUGCAGACCCAAACCGCUAACAACGCCAAAAACUUCAUCACCAAAAUGGCUAAAGAAGAGACAGCACAGGCUCUUUACGGAGGGAGUGACAUUGCAGAGUUUGCUGUCGGGGGCAUGGAUGUUCCUCUGUUUAAGAGUGCAUAUGAGUCCCCUAAUGUGAACUUCCUGUUGGCUCACUCUGCCUACUGUCGGGAUGUCCUCAAACUCCAGAAGGGCCAGAGAGCUGUGAUCAGUAACGGAAGAAUCAUUGGUCCAUUGGAAGAAAGGGAGGUCUUCAAUCAAGAUGAUUUCCUGCUUCUGGAAAGCAUUAUCCUCAAGACAUCAGGGGAGCGAAUUAAGGCCAAAAUUCAACAGCUGGGCAUGGUAGAGGACAGAGCUAGUGAUCUGGUGAUGAAGGUGGACGCCCUGCUGUCCUCCCAACCCAAAGGUGAUGCGAGGAUCGAGCACACGUUUGCAGAAGACAGAUACAGCGCUGUAAAGAUCAGACCAAAGGAAGAGGAAGUGUACUUUGAUGUUGUAGCUGUUGUGGAUCCAGUGACCAGAGAUGCUCAGAAACUGGCACCUCUCCUUUUGGUGUUGAAGCAGCUGGUCAACGUCAACCUGCGAGUGUUCAUGAACUGCCAGUCCAAGCUCUCUGACCUCCCACUGAAAAGUUUUUAUCGAUAUGUUUUGGAGCCAGAGGUUUCGUUCAUGGCAGAUAGCAGCUUUGCUCCUGGUCCGAUGGCUAAAUUCUUGGAUAUGCCACAGUCGCCGUUGUUUACUCUCAACCUUAACACCCCCGAGAGCUGGAUGGUUGAGUCCGUCCACACACGCUAUGAUCUGGAUAACAUCUACCUUGAAGAGGUUGACAGUGUUGUGGCCGCUGAGUACGAGUUGGAAUAUUUAUUACUGGAGGGUCAUUGUUUUGACGUAACGACAGGUCAACCGUCCCGUGGGCUGCAGUUCACUCUGGGCACUGCAUCCGACCCCGUCAUAGUCGACACUAUCGUCAUGGCCAAUCUGGGCUAUUUCCAACUAAAGGCAAACCCAGGAGCUUGGAUUCUCAGACUGCGGAAAGGCAGGUCGGAUGAUAUCUACAAAAUCUACAGUCACGAUGGCACAGACUCUCCAGCUGAAGCUGACGAUUUAAUCGUCGUCCUCAACAACUUCAAGAGCAAGAUCAUUAAAGUGAAAGUGCAGAAAAAACCUGAUAUGAUGAAAGAGGAGCUUCUUAGUGAUGAUACCCAUGAGAACGAUUCUGGAUUUUGGACAUCUAUAACCAGAGGAUUUACUGGUGGCUCAAAGCCAGAAGAACCCAAACAGGAGAAAGAUGAUGUCAUUAACAUUUUUUCUGUGGCCUCUGGUCACCUGUAUGAGAGGUUCCUCAGGAUAAUGAUGCUGUCUGUGCUCAAACACACCAAGACACCCGUCAAGUUCUGGUUCCUCAAAAACUACCUGUCUCCUACAUUUAAGGAGUUUAUUCCAUAUAUGGCAGAGAAGUAUGGUUUCCAGUAUGAGCUGGUUCAGUAUAAAUGGCCACGCUGGCUUCACCAGCAGACAGAAAAGCAAAGGAUCAUCUGGGGAUAUAAGAUCCUGUUCCUCGAUGUGCUCUUUCCCCUGGCUGUGGACAAGAUCCUCUUUGUAGAUGCGGAUCAGAUAGUUCGCACAGACUUGAAGGAGCUGCGGGACUUUGAUCUGGAAGGAGCACCCUACGGUUACACACCUUUCUGUGAGAGCCGAAGGGAGAUGGAUGGAUACCGUUUCUGGAAGUCUGGUUACUGGGCCAGUCACUUGGCAGGACGUAAAUACCACAUCAGUGCUCUCUAUGUGGUCGAUUUGAAGAAGUUCAGAAAGAUCGCAGCUGGAGACAGACUGAGAGGCCAGUACCAGGGUCUGAGUCAGGACCCCAACAGCCUGUCCAACCUGGAUCAGGAUCUGCCCAACAACAUGAUCCACCAGGUGCCAAUAAAGUCCCUUCCUCAGGAGUGGCUUUGGUGUGAGACCUGGUGUGACGAUACGUCUAAAAAGAAAGCCAAGACUAUAGAUCUGUGUAAUAAUCCACAGACAAAAGAGCCUAAGUUGCAGGCCGCUGUGCGUAUAGUCGCCGAGUGGAGCAACUAUGACCAGGAGAUAAAGAGAAUCUACAACAAUUUCCUGGAAGAGAAAGAGAGAGGCACCACAGACAGCUAUCAGCAAACAGACAGAAAACACCCAGGUGGUGACACGCACUCAGAGCUUUGAGCUGAGGCUUCGCAACCGAAGAACAGGGGACUCUGUUCAAAGAGUCAUCUUUUCUUCAACCUUUUUAAACCAAGCCUAUCCUCCAGGAAUGGGUUGACAUUCGUGCUGAACUUGACUUGAACAGAAUUAAUGCAAAACUCCCUCUUUUGUAUCUAAACGGACGUGUUGGGGUUCUGGGUAAACGACACGAGCAGAGGACGUCUCCUCUUUUCAGGCACUUCUGAUAUUUAACCCUCUGGGCCUCGCAUAUGCCACAAACAAUACCAGUUCCACUAAAGCAAAAAGAAAACUAGCGCGUUGAGAAACUGCAUGUGCGCAAUUUUAAUAUUAAAGCAGACUUGAUAAAUGUCCCUCUUAGCUGUAACUCGCUCUCAUGAAAAUGAUUAUUAAAUCAUGAAACACGAGAUGCAGACUGUUCAUUUAAAAGCCACCCACGGUGUUGAAAUGCCACGGCAACAGAGUGAUGUCAUAAUAGUUUGACUUUAAAGCACAGAUCAUUUCCUGUGACACCAUCAUAGUUCGGGCUCCAUUUAAGAAUUCUUAUUCAUCUUUUGGUAAACAAGCCAGCGCUAGUCUGUUUUUGUGAUUCUGAAAGUGGUGUUUCCAUACAGCAGGGCAGUUAUACGAACAUGUUAAAAAUCACAUCACUCUUCAAAGAGACACAUCAAAAGACCUUUUAACUCAGGAACAAGCUAUUCGGUCGAUUUAGUCACAGCUAAAGAAUUUUUUUCCCCGUUCUGCAGAAGAACAUUUUAAUUUACUGAAAAAUCUCUGUGGGCAUUGAAAAGCUCCAGUAGUGUUGGUUCAUAGUUACUCCACAUUAAUAUGAUUCAUAAUGGCAUUCAGUUAAUGAAACUCAGUCAAUGGUCCUUUUAGGCCUACGGAAUUAGAAAGAUGUGUUCAGAAGAUUACGAGGAGAGGGGGGAAAAAAUCACCAGACUUCUUUCAGAGAAGCUGUUAGCAGGUAAUUUACAUGUUGGUGUUUAAAUGUACUUUUUGUUUGUUUUUAUUUCAGUAUCACUGGAUUUCAAUAAGUCAUUGAUGUGGUUGCCUUUUCCUUUUUUUUUUUUUUUUUUUUUUUUUUUUUUUUUUUGCUGGACAUGUCCGUUUCUGUGGUAUCGCUUAAUAUAGGUUUGAGAUGGACCACUAAUUUCAAACAGGUGAUCAUAAACAAUGGGCUGGGGCUUUUUUUGGGGGCGUUUAUGUAAUGUGUGCGCACUUUUCACCUCUGGUUAUUUCCUGGAAAUAUUGCAUUGAAAUCCACCAAUAGAUCCCAGAGUCUCUAUAAUGUCAGGUUUUAAAGUGAAAAGAAAAGCGGAGCUUGUACAGUGCCUUGUGCUUUGUUCUGUUUGAGAGGUACAUUACAAUGUCUUGUGGUUUAUCUACUGUUCUUUUACUGAAUACGCCUAAUAUGGGGGAUUUGGUCAAUAUUACGAUGCUUUGGAAAUACUGUAAGACUAAUUGUGGGAUGAUGAUAUUUUGUAAUAAAAGAUGUACCGAA